CUUUGUUUGUGUCUCACUGUCUCUUCUAGCUGUCUCUGUGUGUCAAUUUUAGUGGAAAUUGUGUGAUAAUAUUUUUGCAUUAGGAUCUCUAAUUAAAAAUUUAUUCAUUAUCCAACGAUUUCCUAGUGAUUUAGUUUGAACAUUGAUUUAAAUUAUAAUAAAAAUAUUGUGUAAUAUACUUGAAGAAUGGAUUGCCUUGUGGGGUACGGUAGCGACGAUGAGAAUGAGUCUGAACGCUAUGGAAGCCAACAACCAUUGAAUGGUAUUAUAGGUGGGAGCGAGUGGCGCUGGUGCCCGCCGCAGGGACGACGACACCAACUACGAUGACGUCAACAUGGACAUGAGCGAGGAUUCUCAGGACGAGUCGGAGCCGGAGUUGCCGCCUGCUGAGCCGACGCCACCUCCACAGUCAUCACGCGAGGAAAGGUCUUCCAAUGACAAUCGUGAUCGUGAACGCGAAAGGGAACGCGAUCGCGACCGCGGUGACCGUGAGUUCGACCGCCGUGACAGACGUCGCGAGUCACCCGCGCGACCGCGCGACAGAGAACGCUCUGACAGACGUUCUCCGCGCAGAGAUGAUAAAUACAGGUCAGAUCGCGAGCGUGACCGCGGACGCCCGAACGACGGCAUCCGUCGCGGUCUCCUGGGAGAUCGCCCCGACGACCGCGAGAAAGUCCCUUCCCUGUUGGACGUGAAACCAUAUGGUUGUGAAAUUCCACCACCGAUGGACAGAAGAUCUCAUGAUGCCAGAGAUGCUGUGUCUCCCAGAUUCAUAGACCGCGAACGCCGCGAUAAAGAAAGGGACAGGGAACGCGAGCGUGACAGAGACCGCCACAGCAGGCGUUCAGAGGAAAGACGGUCUUCAAGCCACAGACACGAGCGUCGUGACCGUUCCCGCUCGUCGUCCCGCGGUGCUCAGUACGGUCCUGGCCACAGCUCGGACCGACGAUCCUCCCCUCCUGGAGGAGACUACAGACCCUCCUCUUACAAAGUCAACAGAAAACUUGAAGUGAUGGAAAAGAUGGGUUUACAAAUCAAGACGCCGGACGGUUCGAUGGCGACUGCACAGCAACUGCGCGCGGCGGCCAGCGAGGUCCCGACCCAAGGGUCCCACCUUCCUUCAUACUACAACCCUACUGCUGUCAAUGCUAAUAAAAUUAUGGAUCAGGUACAAAAGCGCAAGUUGUUGUGGUCAAACAAAAAUAAAUCGGAGGCUGAAGAGGCUGCCAAGUGGAGUGGCACUCGGUUCGCACAGGACUCGGACGGGAAACAGGUGUCCAAGUUCAUGAGACUCAUGGGCAUCAAGGAACCAGCCGCCGUUAAAAACGAGGCUCCAGAAAAAGCAGUGGAUCCAAUCAAAAAGCAGGAAGAACUGUUCCAAGCGAUGCAAGCUCAAUACGAAGUGGCCAGGGCUACCACACACACCAUGCGGGGCGUGGGACUCGGGUUCCAACGAGGACAGUACUAGCGCCAGUGGGGGCCUAGCGGCGGCUACAUGGCGAACAGAUAGCGAUAGUCCAUGUCUACUGAGACAUAUUGGUAAACUUUCCCUCAAGAUAGCCUGGGACAUAAUUCCCAAUUGGUUUACGUCUCCCAAAAGAGGUGGACAGUGUACUUGCCUAUAGUACACCCAUAAUUCAAGCACCUUACUGGUGUUCUACAAAGAAAUUGUUGAUUAGAUGUCAAGAUAUAAGUAAAUGUAACAUGUGUGUGCUUGCAAGGCUAACGCGCGAAUACUGAAAUGCUACUUCAUUUUAAGUGGUACUUAAAUAUCGUGCUAUCUCUGUUUUAUAAAGUACUUGUAGCAACAGAAAUACUUUCAAGAGUUUUCGUAAAAUUAAGUCGCGUUUGAGUAUUUGAAGAUACGUCACCUCGUCAGUCUGACACACUGAUUGUGUGAAAACAAUAAUUUUAUACAGCUUUCUUUCACAUUUCUAGUGUAAGAUACUGUGUAAUUUCUUAUUGUUCUAUUUUACUUUGUGUGCAUUGUGUUUCAGGCAUUUCUUUGUGUACAAAUUAUUUCCAAUGUAAAUACUAUCUGUUAUAUGUACUAACUAUGGUUGUAGAAAUAUUCAAUCAUUUGUUGAUCUAUUGGUCUUAUGAAUUUAAAGUUAUGGUAUUUUCAUACUAAAGUAUGAUGAUGGAAAGGGGAAUCGGAAAUGAGGAUUUAUGGGAUAGUGUUGUCUUUCAAAACAUUAGAUAUUCACUAUGUAGAGAUUAGAAUGAACAGCAUGUAGAGAGUAUUCCAGUUCACACUGGUUUGGUACAACUGGAGUUGUAUUUUGGAAGGACAUCAUUUAAGAUCACACUUUAAUAGCUUUAAUAAAACACAAGGAAAUGUAAAUUAUAUCCAUAAAGAUACAAAAAUGUCCAUAAAAUUAGUGAAAAUAUUAAGAUGUUACUAAUCAUUGGAAAUUAGAUUUAAAAAUUGUAAAUAGCCAUGACAUGGUAUUGUGAGUAAGCUGUCUCCAAUAUAAUACUCACGACGAGUAUAACGCGGCGAGAUGAUUUAUAUUUUUAAAAUAUAUUUAGAUACAAAUGCGUCACGCGAAUCGCGUGGGUUGAUUCAGCGGAGAGAUUCGCAUAUAUAUGUGUAUAAUGUGGAGUUUUAUAUAGCUGUUCCUGAAACUUUAGGAAAAACGAAUGAAGUAAAUGUAAAUAACUAUUUUCCAGUUAUAACUUGCUUACAAACGUUUAAAAUAGCUAUAGUAACUCGGUUUAAGUUAAGUUCUAGUUUAACUGCUACGUGUGAUAUAAUGUUAUUCAAUUAACUAGUUAUAACGAAGGUAAUAAGCAAUGUAUGGGUAACUUUUAUCCAUUGAGAUCUUCCUCCAUGUUCCUAAGUUUAUUGAAAUAGUAAUAGCUUGCAUUAAGUAGUUUAGUGGUCUUUUUAGUAAUUAUCCGUACACUGUUUAUUAUUUUUGUUGUUGUUUAAGUAAAUAAAAUAUUACGAGAAAAUGGUGUUUUUAUUCAACGUUUUUGUAUGAUAUCUCUAUCUGUGUUUGUUUUGUUCUAUUGCUAACUUCAUGUUGUUGGUUACAAAGAUUUAUGACACGCCAUGUAAGGGUCGUAUUAGACUGAACUGGCGCGAAGCGUUUAGUCAACGGGUUUCAAUAAAAAAAGAUCAGAAGUGAGAAUAACUAAAUAAAUGGCAGGUGAAGAUUUUUAUUAGUUUUUUUUUUCAAUACUUCUGAACGGUUUCACUUGUUGCUCAGCUCCUAAUGAUCACACUGUUAUUUUUAAUAACCUACAGCUUUCCUCAAUAAAGUGACUAUCCAACAAAAAAAUAAUUUAAUAUACAUAC